AACACCGCUGUCAGUCAAUCGCCUGUUGCGGGCUCACCUAGAGAAGCGCUUCACUCCCAAAGUCACGUCGCCUGGUUUCGAUGCGAAUGUGUGACUUUGUCCAAUUUUCACAACUACGAAACACAGAAGGACAAAGUUUAUUUAACGUCGUGACCAUGGAGACAAACAUAUUUACCUUCACUCUUCUAUGUCUGAUGAUGUCAGGAGUUGGUGCCUUGGAAGUGACCAUUCCAAAGGAAAAGUAUGAGUUUGCCAGAGGCGACAACAUCACGUUGCCCUGCACGUUUAAACCCAGACUUUCCAACCCACCACAAGUGAUUGUCCAAUGGUCUGUGGACGAUUUGGAAGAUAAUGGCCAAAGGAAAACAAUUGUCACCUAUUAUUCUGCUGGCUCAGUGACUGACAUCAAAGCACAAUAUGAAAAGCGGGUGUCCGUGGAUAUAAACGUGGCCUCUGGAAAGGCCGACCUGAGACUGUCUUCAAUAAGACUAGAAGACAACAAAGAAUUUGAGUGUCGUGUCAAUAUCCCAGGCGACGACGAGGGCAAGCCAGCUGCCACUACCCAAUUGGUGGUUCUAGUGGCACCAUCUCCGCCCAUUUGUGCCAUCCAAGGGAAAGCAGAAUAUGGACAGAACAUCAACCUGACCUGCGCCUCAGAGGAGGGCUCACCACCACCCACGUAUGAGUGGACCAGUCUUAAUGCCAGGAACAUUCCCCAUGUUAAAGACCCAAGGACGACCAGCAAAGGAGGCAUCCUGUCUCUAUACAACAUCACCAAAGAAACAUCAGGAUACUACACCUGCACCUCGAGCAACAAGAUUCGCUCUGCCAGCUGCAACUUCACCCUCUCAGUCAUGCCACGGUCCAUGAACAUUGGCUCCACUGCAGGAAUAAUAGUAGGAGUUGUCGCAGCUUUGCUCAUACUUGCCAUCGUCAUCUAUUGCUGCUGUUGCCGCAAGAAGAAAGAAGAUGAGGAAUAUGCGAUGGGAGUUCGUGAGGAAGGGUACCCCGACAAAGAGACAGAUAGGAAUGGCGAGAGACACCAAGCUGAGAGGCCAGUUGAUAGACACACUGACGACGACGAUCACUCCAGCGUGAGGACCCCCCUUCGUGACCAGUCUGAAGAACGAACGGAACGUGACCCCGGCACCCGCAGGGAUUAUGAUGGGCAUAGCGGCGAUCGUCGGAGGGGUUACAAUGAUCGUCGUAGCGACUAUGAUGAAGGUGGCAGUGAUUACACCGAUCGCCGCAGUGACCAUUCUGAUGUACGUGACAGAUACGGAGACCGCUACGAUGAUGAUCGUCGCAGUGACUAUUCCAGUUCCCAUGAACGGUACAAUGACCGCCAUGAGCGUUAUGCUGACACCCGUCGCCGUGACGUUGAGCGAGACAGAGAUGUCCACUAUCGCGAUGAUGACCGCUACGAUGAACCCUAUGAUGACCGUGAAAGGCCCCCUGUCCCAUCCGAUAAGCCACGUAGAAGAGACUAUGAUGACUAAGCCGCAUGGAUUUAUUAUUUUUUUUGUACAUAUUCUGGCAAUCACAUGAUGCCUAGACGGGAUGUGUGUGUGCAGUACAGUAUAUAGAACACUUCUUCUCAGGUAUAGAUGUUGCACAUGCAAGGUUCUGGGCAGCUCUAUAUGUCUGAUACAAUACAGAAAUUCAGUUUUACAGUUUUUAUGUUUGAGAUUAAUUUUAUAGAAAUGAUUUCUUAUUGGUAUUUUACACCACUGUUGCGGAAGUACUUUAAGUACUUCCCCUUCAUUGUUUAGAUUUAUCAGCAAACAAUGGAAUUAGAUGUAGCCUACUUAUGUCACAUAUAUACAUAUCUUGUGAAUGAAUUUCCAGUUUGUGUAUCUGUGUUAUGUAUAUAGUCUUUUUAGUUCUAUACAGGAUUCUACUCUUUGUGGCGGAGCGCUGUGUCAACUUUUAAAUCUGUGCGAGUAUAAAUUUACUAUUGCUGAGUCAGGUUUGGUCACGACAGCUGUCGCUGUACAAAUAUACCCGUUUUAAUCCCACUAGUGGGAUUUUAAAAAGUAUAUUUUUAGUGGGAUUAAAACGGGUAUAUUUGUGAUGUUUGGAAACAAUGCCAGUCUCAGUGGUUUACUGAGUUACUUGCUCUU